UUGUGCCAUUCCGUAGUCUACUCUCCAUACCGGGUGGUUGCAAUGGCGGACGUGUCUGAGAGGACACUUCAGGUUUCCGUGCUAGUGGCUUUCGCCUCUGGAGUAGUCCUGGGCUGGCAGGCAAAUCGGCUGCGGAGACGUUACCUGGACUGGAGGAAACGGAGGCUGCAAGACAAACUGGCGACGACUCAGAAGAAGCUGGACCUGGCCUGAGCGCGCGCCGCGGCGCGAGCCCGCCGGGUCCUCACUCCUCAAGUCCCACGCGACCCGGAAUGGCUUUAUCGAAGAUAGAUAUAAAGCACUGGAAAGAAAUCGUUUCUUCUUGCACUUUAUGAAUCUAUUUUUAAAAUAAAAAAAUGUAAAUAUC